AUGGCCUCUGCAUCGCCAUCUCCACAGGGAUCGAUUCGCAUCGGCUCCGGCGGAGGUUCCGUUCUUCCUCGCCGAAUCGCGGUUGGGCGCGAUCUGCGGCAUCCAGCCCUGUUCCUCAUCUACGACGAUAUCCGAACCAACAAGUCGCGUCUCCGGAAGAUGCCGCUGCGCGAUCUCAGCCAGGCCGAUGUCGGUAUCGACAGCAUUAUCUCCAGACUCAAAUCGCGGCACGCCCUCUUCCUGGGACGGGUCAAGGAUACUCAGGCAUUACGCGCCAAUAUGAAGCUUCCUGCUCCCUUGCAGACUCAAAUCCAUCUCUUCAAAUACGAAGAUGACAGCCAGCUCUACAGCACCCCCACCGUCUUUCCGUCACAGAUUCCGAAUGUGCCCUCAGCCUUCGACAAGACAUCGAUUGGAUCGCUUCCGGGACUGAAGGAGAGAUCCAUGCAGCCCAGCUCAAAGUCGCUGCUUCAGCCGCCGACAGCAUCUGGGGGCCUGAGCCAGCACAAAGAACUAUCGGUUAAAGGCGAUCGCGGUGAAUACUCCGACGACGAUUUCGAGUCUAUCCUCUCGGAUUCGCGAUCCAAGACGCCAGUUUCUGAUCUUGGAGAACCGCCCGAGACCAGGAUAACAGUAGCAACCGAACAUCUUGGCUCGUUCCCACCAGACUCGAAUGACCACAGUGGCUCCGGUGGCACUCCCGCGGAGACUUACAUGAGAUUCGUCGAUGAUCAUCUGGAUUUGAACAAACUUGAUAAUGACACUCUCUCACAGUACAAGGCUACCAUGGAUGUCGACUUCAACAAAAACGCCAUCCGUCCAGGCGACCCUGGCUUCAAGUACGAAGUGGAUUUCGGCACGCCAGAGGAAGAUAACGACUGGGAUUCGGACCAAGCUGACAGCGAGAUAGAUGGUGAUACACAAAAGUCACCACAGGAUAUUGCCAAACCUGCCAGUCCGGUUAUAACAGGACUCGAGACAAACUCCCCAAAACUCCAAUCACUCCAGCAUGACGAUGGCUCUCACACAGCUCUGACCGGCAUCGUGACCGCACAAUUGCCGUCCAAAGUUGAAAAGUCUGGCGAUCACCCAGCGUUCGCUCCGAUAGUAUCAGAGAAGUUUUCGACUCUGCGAGAUCUACCACCUCUCACCAUGCCGGCGCUUUCUGUGUUGCCGGGAAAGGCCGACAAGCCCGACGACGAGUUCUCGGCAGACCUGGACGCUGUUUUGGGCAUGCUCGACGACGAGGAGCUGGACUCGCAUCCCAUCGGUCGAUCAUCCGACCUCUCUCAUACAACCUCCGAGUCAUCGCACAGAGCACCCGAGCCAUCGCGCCGGAUACCUGAGUCGUCACAGACAGCGUCGCAGGUGCCCGGGUCUUCCGUUGAGCCGCAGCGCACUCUGACUGAUCUUUCCCAUCCCUCGGAAAGAGUGAUUCCCUCGUUCGUGGCAGUACAGCCAGCUCCAAAAGCAAUGACAUCCAUCCAGGCGCAGUCCGUUCAGCAGCCAGUCAAGGAGCAAGCUGGUGAACUGAUCGAGGAGGAUAUCGACGAGGAUUUUGAAAAUGGCCUCGGCGGUGACGAGGACGAGGAUGAGUUCUUCAGCACCAAAGUCGAGUCCAUCAAGACUCAUGUAUCCGAGACAACGCUUGGCUCCGUCCGCCCCGAGCACUUGCACACAAAUGACCCCAGUCCAAACACCACUCUGCAAACCCUGAACAUCAGCGCGUCGCCCGAGCCAGCAAAGACGACUGCCACUCCAGAUUCCAGAGAUGUGGUAUCGCACGCCACACUUGCCAAGGCUCCUUCGAUAUCACCAAAACUCGGUGAAAUCCCGAUGCCCUCGAUGCCCUCGAUGCCUGACGGAGUGUCUCUAAUGUCUGCGCAGGCUGAGCGAACAACCAAUCCACAGACGAAAUCCCACAGUGGAGCAAAGUCUUCGCUUCUUGGUGCACUCCCUUCGCUCAAGCCAAUAUCCCUCGCAUCGGCCCACAAUUCAGAUGCAAAAGUAGACCACGACUCGGUUGUUGGUAUACACGAUGAGAUCGACGAGUUGAUCUCGGAUUCCAUCUCCGACAUGCGGUACCAUGAUGGCAGUGACGACGACCCUCCCGAGGGUCGGAGCCAAGCCAAAACUGGGGCCGAGAUAGAUACGUUCGUCAAUGCUGCGGCAUUGAAAGAUUCCGGCGCCCUGAAUGUUCGAGAAGAAAGAAGUGGGGCUGAGUCUGAUCCAAUCGAUAAGCACGUCAAGGAUCUUCUGCCUGUUUCUCGGCACGGGCUUCCACAAGCACUCCCUCAGGCACUUCCUCAGGCACUCCCUCACCAGCUUCCUCAGGCACUCCCUCACCAGCUUCCUCAGCUUCGUCCCGGCAGUCUCCUGGAUCCAACCAAGACCACUGGUGCCACUGAAAGCAGCAUAUCCGACAAAUCCCAUGUUCAAUCCACGCUGAGCUCGCUCAUUUACGAUGAUGACGCGAGCGUUGAGGACGACGACUUUGCCGAGGAGGACGUGGAGGAUCUGCCGCUGGAUGAGGGACCCACAUCCACACCGCGCAAGGUAACAUGCACCCCAGAUCUGCUCGUCGCUGGCCGAGGUGCUGUCAAGGCAGCCGACAGUGGCGGUACAGACGGACAACAGCAUCAGGAAGCCAAUUCGAAGACGGCUCCAUCCUUGCCCAAGCCCACCUUCCUCACCGCUGUCGACGAAAUCCACAAGGACAGUAUUCCGAAGAUUGAUUCACAUGAUCCCGCGGCUCAUCGAUCCGUUGCCGCUCCGGAGACUGUCUCUAGCUGGGUUGAACAACCCAAGAAGUCGCCCAAAGCCGAGCCAGAGUCAGACUACUCUGAGAACUUUGGUGCUGGCAAUACUGAUGACGAGAACAACAGCAAUCAAAGCGACGAUCUCGAUUACUCAAACGAUGAAAUAUCGUUUGGCGAGGACGAGGAUGGAUUUUGAAGGUUUCUGGGAAGGAGUUUGAUUCAGACGCCAUACAACACAGAUUUCUCGCUCUAGCGCACGGUUUUGAGCCGCCGCUAGCCCUGUCUUCGAGUACCACAUAGAUCAAAAGCUGCCACAAGAGCCGCCGCAUCAGCUGCGUCAAGAAUUAUAAGCCUCGUGUUUCUCAUACUGUCGCAUUUACAGAUUAGUUGUCGAGUUUCAGGAGCAGAAUCCGUCCUAUGAGUGCCAGCUCCAUCAGGGUCGGAAAUAACCUGGGAGCGGUGGUCAAGAUCCCGAGUCCGGGAAUUGUCAACCGUUUGGGACGACAUGGGAUGAAAACGGGUGUCAGAG